UUUAUUCUCUAAAACUCGGAACGUUUGUUUUUGAGUUUUAAUGUUUAAACGACGCACCGUCUAGAUAGUUCCUGCUAAUUUCGUAAAACAAUGGCCGGUGAAGUGUUGGUUGAUGCCCUGCCGUACAUUGAUCUCGGUUAUGAUGAUCCCGGCGUCCGAGAAGCGGCUAUCGCAAUGGUGGAGGAAGAAUGCCGGCGUUACCGGCCGACGAAAAACUACCUGGAGCAUCUGCCGCCCCAAGCUACCACUGCAUUCGAGACCGAGCUGAUGGCGGCCGAGUUCGAGCGCAUCCAGAACCGAUUACCGAUGGAACCGCUGAGCAUGAAGCGGUACGAGCUACCACCGCCACCGGCCGGCAAAAUGAACGAGGUGUCAGCGUGGACGGAAAGUGUGGACAAUUCGAUGGCCCAGCUCGAGCACCAAGCCGUACGGGCCAUGAACCUGGAGCUGAUGUCGGAGUACGGAUGCGAGAUGUGGAAAUCCUACCUCGAAACACUGGUAGCGAUGCAGGCCAAGUGUCAAGCGCGCCUGGCGGAAGUGAAGAAGGAAAUACAGGACGUGAACUGGGGUCGAAAAACGAAGCAAACGCAGGGAGGUGAAAAGCUGCGCUCACUCGAAGCUCAGUGGGUCAUGCUGGUGUCGAAGAACUAUGAAAUUGAGCAAGCCUGUGCCAAGCUAGAGGAGAAAAUCUAUCAAAAGAAUAUGGAGCUGAAUAUCUCGCAAAAAUAAAUUAGAUUCGUAAUUACCUUAGUUGUUAGUUUUUCGAGGUUGUUUUGGAAAACCACACAUCGAUCUGCGAAACAAAUUCACCACAAAUUGUUACUCUCUUUCUGCUACAGUGUUGUUUUCAGAAAAUUUAUUCUUUUUUACACAACUACAUCAGUGGCUACUUUUACACCGACAACUAAACAUACAAACACGAAACACAUUUAACAUUCAUUGUUGAAAGCAUUCU